AUGUCGCCUGCAAAUUAUGUUGCGUACACGGCUCCGAUCAAUCCUCCGUCGGCGGAGCCCAAGCUGUCUGAACCACAGAUCUGGGCUCUCCUUCGCCGGAAAAUCCGUCGGGCAGAGGACUUUGUUGGGGGUGCUAUCUUAAAUACGGAGGUCGUGUCGGAGUCGAAGGACACGCAGGGGCGCCCCGUGACGACACGCAUGGUCACCUUCCGAGAGGGCAAUAGGCGCGUGGAGGAAGUCGUCACAACCUUCUACCCAGUCAAGGUCGAAUUCAGGCAGCCGAAUGGGAGCCACAUCGCAAACAUUGUUAGUCGGGGACCUGAUGACGAGCUUUACCUGACGUACACCUUUGAAUGGAUGCAUCCGGAUCUGGAUGACGGAGCACUGGCGGAGAAAAGGAUUGUUGAGGAGGGCAUGGCCAAGCAUUCUGUGGAGAGCACCAUCACGGCGAUGAGAGCUAUGGUUUCUGAUGGCAGAUGGGAGGAGGCCAUAUAG